UGCACGUUUUGAGACUGUGCAUAUUUUAUUAUAAACAGAUAAAUAGAUUUGAUUAAAUUAUGAGUAAACAAGAAUUAAAAUCAAAAGGAUUUAAGCGCGCUGAAAGCAAUUUGCUGAAUAAAUUCAGUACUACAUUUUUGAAAAAUUAUCCACAUCAUGUAAUGCCAGGUUAUAACUUAAAUAAGUCAUCAUAUAUCGAGGAAUGGAAUGAGGAAAAUGCAAUGGGGCUCUAUCAAGAAUUUCCAUAUAAUUGUGAUUUACCAAAGCCGUUAUUACCACCAGCGAGAUUAUCAAGAACAGUGCUUAGUGAGGAAGAUCCAGCUUUACAACUUCUUACUUUAAAAAAUCACUUAAAAGAUGAUAUGAACAGGAUAAUGAAUUACUAUGAAAGGCAUAAGGGAGAGUUUAAUGUACAUAAAAAGAAAAUAAAAUGGAACAGAGGAAGUAGUGGAUAUAAUGCACAGAUACCCAGAUAUGUUGCAGAUGUAGCAGAAUUGCUUGACAUGGAUCCUGAUCCUUAUUUCGAAGGGACUUAUAACUGGUAUUAUACUGGUGGAUCGUUAAAUUAUGUUCAGUUAAAUGGCUUGGAUGUUUUGCUAUUUCCAUUUAUGGGAGAUUUAGUUGCUGCAAAUAUUGUACCCAUGAAAGAUUCUAUAUGGAAGCCAUUACUGCAAAAUUCAGCUAAAUGUAAAUUACAUGGAUUAUUAUAUGAAAUCAGGCAAAGUGAAAAUGAUAAUACAUAUAGAAUUCUGGGAAGGCAUAAAAAUCAAUGCACUAUUUAUAUGCUUACAAAUUCUGAGAAUCAUUUGUUACUUAAUGAAAUUCAUAGACAAGCAUCAAAGGUACCAUAUGUCAGUGCUGAUUUGAGUGUAACUGAUGUCAAUUAUCAUUGUACACUAAGUGCAGAAAGAAUAUUAUCUUUAUGGGAUAUAAAUAAUAUGUAUUCUAUUAACAGUGGUCCUGUAUUAGAAAAUAAUACAACUUAUGAUGCUUGGGGAUGUGUAAGAUUUCAGCAAAUGGAUCCAAAUGUUUUGAUUUACAUGGAUAGAUGUUGCCUCCAUUAUUUUGAUAUCAGAAUUGCUUUUGAUCGAUCAUGUCUUACAUUGUGUCCAAAAUGUAAUUUGGAAAAUUGCGAGAAUCUCUCGGUCGAGGCGCCAAGUAAAGAUAAUUAUUGUCGAUAUUUGGGAACUUAUCAUUCUCUUUUACUAUGUGAUAAUCGUUCUCCAAAGCACUGUGUACGACAAAAAUGGACUCAUCAGUUCAAAGAUACUCCACUAUUGGCAGCUGUAACUAACAACAAUGAAAAGGAAAUCAUUGUCUUAUCAACUCAAAGAGUCGGCGAAAACGCAAUAAUUUUAAAUACUUGGAUGGGCGAGGAAGAGUCUCAUUCUUUUAAUUUACCUUUUACACCUCCCUGUAUUAUGGAAACAUUAAAGGAAUCUCAAAUUCAAGGAAUGUGCUUGAAUCCAUAUUUACGAAAUAGAUUUGAACUGUGUAAUACUGGUAGCACAUUAGUCACAAGUACAAAAAAAGGAGAAGUGUUCCAUUUUAUUCAAAAUUCGAUUGGUGACAUAUUUUAUCAAUGUAUAACACAUGAAAAUACAUUGGAUAAAUAUUCUCCCAUAAAUGGCAAAUCUUGUUAUGCAUUAAAUAUGUGGGAGAAAGCUUUAUCAGCUCAAGCUGAACCGUUAGUACCUUUGACAUUUUCUAAGAAAUGUAACAUGGAACAUAUAUACGAAAAUUUUACAAAUAAAAAGCUUUGUUUAAAAUCCAAUAAAAAGGAUGCAGAUGAUUCUUUUGAGCCAUCUUGGAAGCAAUCAUUGGCUACAUUAGGAUCGUACAUUGAUUUAUUAGCACCUGAACUUCUUGCAGUUUGGGAAAUACGUGAAGAAGUACCAGUACCUAAAACUGCAGGAUUCCAUCAGAAGGUUUGGAACUGGUUGGAAUCGUCGACUUCGAAUUAUCCGAUGACUCAAUCACAGGACGAGUCUGAAUACAUAUCUACAUUUAACACUCAAGAAUUAAUUAACAUUUCUCAAGAACAAGAUGUCAUAUAUAUUGAAAAUGACAAUAUGUUGCAAUAAAAACUGUUGUUGAAAUAAAA